UGGGGGCGGGGCUAGGCGGAGCCUGAAAGCGCCGCGGAUGACGCGGCCCGUGCCUUUUUUCCGUGGAACCUGAGGGAUCCCUCAGAGACUUUGAUUUCCCACUCUAGAACCGGCUGAAGGAUUUGUAAGAUGAAAGGUCCUCAAACAUGAAAUGAGAUCAGUGGUCACCAUGGCGACUGGACAGAAGUUGAUGAGAGCUAUUAGAGUUUUUGAAUUUGGUGGACCAGAAGUGCUGAAACUCCAGUCGAAUGUUGCCAUACCAAUUCCGAAAGACCAUCAGGUUCUAAUUAAAGUCCAAGCAUGUGGUGUAAACCCGGUGGACACAUAUAUUCGCUCUGGUACUUACAGUAGAAAACCACUUCUACCCUAUACUCCUGGCUUAGAUGUGGCCGGAAUAAUAGAAGCUGUCGGAGAGAGUGUAUCGGCUUUCAAGAAAGGUGACAGGGUUUUCACUACAAGCACAAUCUCUGGGGGCUACGCAGAAUAUGCUCUGGCAGCCGAUCACACUGUUUACACACUACCAGAAAAACUGGACUUUAAACAAGGAGCUGCCAUCGGGAUCCCGUAUUUUACUGCCUAUCGAGCUCUGCUUCACAGUGCCCGUGUGAAAGCUGGAGAAAGUGUUCUGGUUCAUGGGGCUAGUGGAGGGGUUGGAAUAGCAGCAUGCCAAAUUGCUAGAGCUUAUGGCUUAAAGGUUUUGGGCACAGCUGGUACUGAGGAAGGACAAAAGAUUGUUUUGCAAAAUGGAGCCCACGAAGUGUUUAAUCACAAAGAAGCUAACUACAUUGAUAAAAUUAAGAAAUCUGUUGGUGAAAAAGGAGUUGAUGUCAUUAUUGAAAUGCUAGCUAAUGUAAAUCUUAGCAAUGAUUUGAAUCUUUUGUCACAUGGAGGACGAGUAAUAGUUGUUGGCAGCAGGGGUCCUAUUGAAAUAAACCCACGGGACACCAUGGCAAAGGAAUCUAGCAUAAUAGGAGUUGCUCUCUAUUCAUCCACCAAGGAGGAAUUUCAGCAGUUUGCAGCAGCCCUUCAAGCUGGAAUGGAAAUUGGUUGGUUGAGACCAGUAAUAGGUCCCCAGUAUCCAUUGGAGAAGGUGGCCCAGGCUCAUGAAGAUAUCAUUCAUAGCAGUGGGGCUACUGGAAAAAUGAUUCUUCUCUUAAAAUGAUUAAUCCUUCCACAGAUUUCCUGCGUAAUUAAAGGUUUCUUACCUCAGUUUUACGUACACUACAUUUGCUUUAAUUAGCAUUCAUUUGAUUCAGUGAGUUUCUUAUAUUAAAAAAAAAAUUUAUCUUUAGCAAUCAUAGACAUUGGAGUGCAAUUUAUUUUAUAGCUGGGAAUAUUCUUUAUGCCUUCUGCCUCUCAUCAAGGAUUCAUCAUAGUAGGAAAUAGAAUAUUAGUGGUCACUUGGCAUUGGAGGGCAUUACAGAAAUUCCUAACUGAUACUUGAUCAUUGAUUCCAUACCUUUGACUAAAACAUGCUAAUUCAAAGUAAGACUGCUUGAUUUCCAAGCCUACUUCUUUAUAAGAACCUUAUAGGGACUUCCCUGGUGGUCCAGUGGUUGAGACUUCGCCUACCAGUGCCGGUGGUGUGGGUUUGUUCCCUGGUUGGGAAGCUAGGAUCCCACAUGCCUUGGGGCCAAAAAAACCAAAACAUAAAACAGAAACAAUAUUGUAAAAAAUUCAAUAAAAACUUUAAAAAUGGUCCACAUCCAAAAAUCUUAAAAAAAAAAAAAAGAA